AUGAAGGUGGAGGUGGUGGACACGACGCUGGUGGCGCCGAGCGAGCCGACGCCGCGGCACACGCUGUGGCUCUCCAACCUCGACCUCGCCGUGCCCAAGACGCACACGCCGCUCGUCUACUACUACCCGGCGCCGCCCCCCGCCGGCGACGGCGACGGCGACGGCGAGAAGGAGGAGGGGUUCUUCGCGCCGGAGAGGCUGCGGGAGGCGCUGGCGAGGGCGCUGGUGCCCUUCUACCCGCUGGCGGGGCGGAUGGCGACGGGGCCCGAGGGGCGGCUGGAGAUCGACUGCAACGGCGAGGGCGCGCUGUUCGUCGUCGCGCGGGCCGACUUCACCGGCGACGAGAUGUUCCGGGACUUCGAGCCCUCCCCGGAGGCGCGCCGCCUGCUCGUCCCCUUCGCCGCCUCCGGCGACCCGCCCUGCCUCCUCGCCAUGGUCCAGGUGACGUUCCUCAAGUGCGGCGGCGUGGCCGUGGGCACGGGCAUGCACCACGUGACCAUGGACGGCGCGGGCGCGAUCCAGUUCAUCCGGACGUGGACGACCCUGGCGCGCGGGCUGGACGCCGCGUCCGUGCACCCGACCCCGCCGGUGCACGACCGCACGGUGCUGCGCGCGCGCUCCCCCCCGCACGCCACCUUCGAGCACCCGGUCUACUCCCCGAGCAACCUCAACGGCCUGCCCCGCCCCUUCGUCACCCGCGUCUACGCCGUGUCCCCCAAGCUCCUCGCCGGCAUCAAGUCCAGCUGCGCGCCCGGCGUGUCCACCUACUGCGCGCUGACCGCGCACCUGUGGCGCGCCAUGUGCGUGGCCCGCGGGCUGGCCCCCGACGCCGAGUCGCGGCUGCGCGUGCCGGCCAACAUCCGGCAGCGCCUGCGCCCGCCGCUGCCGGCCAACUACUUCGGCAACGCCAUCGUGCGGGACCUGGUGACGGUGCGCGUGGGGGACGUGCUGUCGCAGCCGCUGGGGUUCGUGGCGGAGCGGAUCAAGCGCGCGGUGGCGCGGGUGGACGACGCCUUCGUGCGCUCCGUCAUCGACUACCUGGAGGUGGAGUCGGAGAAGGGCAGCCAGGCGGCGCGCGGGCAGUUCAUGCCGGAGACGGACCUGUGGGUGGUGAGCUGGCUGGGCAUGCCCAUCCACGACGCCGACUUCGGCUGGGGCUGCCCCAAGUUCGUCGCGCCGGCGCAGAUGUUCGGCAGCGGCACGGCCUACGUCACGCAGGCGCCCGACAAGGACGACGGCGUGUCCGUGCUGUUCGCGCUCGAGCCAGAGUACCUGCAGUGCUUCGAGAAGGCCUUCUACGGGGAGUGA